GUCGGGGCUACACAGUAAAACUUUGUCUCAAAAAGAAAACAACAAAGGCAAUCCCUGCCUAUGAAGAAAUGCGGCUAGUGGAAGUUUAUUCUACGCGAACAAGGUCUACAACGGAAACGACAGUCGGGAUGACAGCAUUUAACGAAAGGGAACAAAGCUGUUCUAGCCGGCUAGCCUGGAAGAACCUGGGGGACCCGGGUCAUCCUGUGGACCACCACCAGGGGGAGCAGCGGCGCACUCCUGCCUGGGUCAGGCCCCGCCCCCGCCAGCCUAGCCAAUGACGAGCCGAGGCCGGAAGGCUCCGCCCCCUCGCGGCCUGCAGCACCCCGCUGACCCUCGGGGGAAGGACCGCGAUGCGCGCCACCGAGGCCGUCCCCCGCGCGGGCCCCGAGGCCGCGCCGCCGCCGUUCACGCGUGUGGCCCCCGCGCUCUUCAUCGGGAGCGCGCGUGCGGCCGGCGCGACGGAGCUACUGUCGCGCGUGGGCGUCACUCUGUGCGUCAACGUCUCCCGUCAGCAGCCCGGGCCGCGCGCUCCCGGCGUGGCUGAGCUGCGCGUGCCCGUCUUCGAUGACCCGGCGGAAGACCUACUGGCGCACCUGGAGCCCACCUGCGCCGCCAUGGAGGCCGCGGUGCGCGCCGGCGGCGCCUGCCUGGUGUACUGCAAGAACGGCCGCAGCCGCUCGGCCGCCGUCUGCACCGCCUACCUCAUGAGACACCGCGGCCUCAGCCUAGAGCGAGCCUUCCAGAUGGUGAAGACCGCCCGCCCCGUAGCAGAGCCCAAUCAGGGCUUCUGGUCUCAACUGCAGAAGUACGAGCAGACCCUCCAGCCCCGGGCGCUCUCGCGCGGGGAGCCCGCCCACCCCGAGUUCCUUAUUCACCAGGCUUUGGCCAGGUACGAACCAGCAAAGCUCUAGGUAAAGAGAAACUGCUUGCAGGAAGAUAGAGCCGGGGAAUCCAGGACAGAAGAUGGGGUGACAGACCCAGGUCCUAGCUGCCUGUGCCUGUGGACGGCCUCCCAGACUUCUCCGUGGCCCCUUCUUGGAACUGAACAUGGAGCCUGCUGGCAGGAAGCCGCGAGCCCCCAUGUUCAUUCUGGCUUGCAGCUGCUGUGCCGAGGAAUGGAGGCUUCUGCACCGGUUCCCACCUCCCACCCUAGUAACCCAUGUCAGGAUGCCUGACCUAGCACCCCCAAGCCACCAUCCUGCCCUGUGUGUGGUCCUCCCCAGCUGGAGGGCAGGCCUGUCAGCUGCUACUUUGUGCCCAUCCUAGUUGAGACACAGCAUCUCCUAGACAUCCCCUGUCCUUCAGAGCCCUGGAAAAUUAGUCCCUACCACACUCCUUACAGAGGUCCUGAGGGAUAAGGAAACCCUGAGCAGAUGCCAUACACUGGCUAGUGUGUAAAUAUAUGAGCUAGUGAAUAAAACCCCACAAUUGUAACCCCACAA